AAAAACAACAAACAAAAAAGAAAACUGGGAAAUAACAGAAGGCUCCUCCCACGUGCCCUCACCUCCAACCGACAUCAACUGACAACAAUCCAGAAGUUUGCCUCUGUGGUGUUUGGAGUGGGAAGCCAUGGGAUAAAACGUUCAAGCUGAAGAGAAGAUCCGCUCAGUCACAAGGCAGAACUAUGAAGAACUGUGUGGGAUGCCUGGAGUUGCCCGGGGGAACAACAGCUUGCCGAAUGACUCUGCUUUUAUGUUGUACUUUUACCCUCAUACUUUAAUUUAAGAUUAUCUGUCCUUGCUUUAAAUUCUUCUCUAAAUACACUGAUGUUUAACUUUGAACUUUCCAAAGCAUGCCUACAUUCCUACCUUUGCUUCUGAGGAGCACGCCACAGGCUGAAUGCAAUCAGAGCGAACAUAAAUGUGCUUUUCCAUGGAAAUAUCCCCUGUGAGAUUUUUGCCCCUCAGCCUCAUUUUUGUGGAUGUGACCCCCCAUGUUUUCGCACUCCUUCUCCACAACCCAUGCAAGGACAGCAUCGUGACUCUCCUCCUCAGCGCCAAAGUAUCACCAAAACCAAUCAGUCUGCAUUCUUUAAGAAAAGAGGAUCUUUUCUUUUGGUGUGUCUUAUCCUGUGAUCUUGACGUAGAGUUUGUAGAGUUGUUUAUGAAGAAAUUAGAAGGUUUUCAACGUUGAAGUCGGAGCAUAUUGCAGUUUUUGUAAGCUGAGGCACAUGGUGAUGUCCAGCCAAGUUAUUCUGCAGGGUGACGGGUCAUCACUUCCACUGCCCACUCACUCUGACUGGGACCAGGCCAUGAAGGAUUGUGGAUUCUCAGAGAAAGAAAAUGAGUUUCGGGGUGAGCUGGUGAACCAGCGGUGGACACGAGGCGAGAGGAAUAGCAGCCGCUGUCAGGCCUCCCAGAGACUGCAGAGCCGUCGACCAAUCAUGAUGAGUGUGGAGGGUGACGACAAGCGAACUCGCACUCGGUCAAAGGGAAUCAGAGUUCCCAUUGAGCUCGUAGGACAAGAGCUGAGCUGCCCCACCCCCGGAUGCAAUGGCUCCGGCCAUAUCAGUGGGAGAUACUCACGACACAGAAGCCUUCUGGCUUGCCCCAUCGCCAGGAAGCGCCGUCUGGAAGAAGCUGAGCAGGAGCAGGAACAGGAAGCGGAGAAGCCCGCCUCCAAGAGGAAGUCUCACCCCCUGAAGCUCGCCUUGGAUGAGGGCUUCAGUGCCGAGAGCGACGGUAGCAGCGAGGCAGAGGAGGAAGCCGAGAAGGAUGGAGGGAAGGUGGAAAAGGAGGUCACCGGGUCAGGAGAGGAGGAAGACAAAGAUGGAGGUGCGGAGGAAGAAGAGAUAGCGGCUGAACCCCUGGAGAAGGAUGCUGAUGGACUAAUGAAGGGGCAGGAGGAAGAAGAAGAGGAGAAAGAGACGCAGGAGGAGGAGAGAACAUCAGCAGGUGAUGAAGAGCAAGAGUGUGUGAUUGUGGAGCCGGAGCACCGAGCCACGUCGCCUGACGCCGAGGUGCGCCGGCCUCCCUCCCAGAGCGCCGAAGAGGUGGCCGACUCCCUGCUCCACCUGGGCCGGGUUUCCAACGGCCACACUGUUGGCGUGGUUGUGCAGCAGAUUGAAGAUGUCAGAGCGACAGCUGAACAGGGUGAAGAAGCAAAGCAUCAGCAGGAGGGGGACGCGCAGGAGGAGGAGGAGGCACAAAGAUCUCCGGAGGAGUCAUCUGUUCUGCAGAAUGAGGCGAGGAAGGUGGAGGAAGAACAAGGGGAGCGUGUUAACAUGAGCAACCAUGUGAGCCAUGGCAAACAGAUCAAAGGCGAAGAGGAGGAGGAGAUGGUUGUGUCGGUGCAGCAGACGCAGGAGACCCCGACAGAAGAUGAGGAGGAUGAUGAGAAAGAUGAAGAGGAGCAAAGGAGGCCUUUCCUCUCCAUAUCUGAUGUGCCAAUCGCCGUCCGAACUAUCACCAGCACAGCAGCAGCUCAGGGAACUCACAUCAAGACAGAAAACCACAUCCUUCAGGAGGACUACAGCAGCGACAGGGCCAGCCCGCUCGACGACUACUACUCCAUCCCAAGAUUGGAGAACUACAAACUCCACAAGGCCUCUUCCUCGGCCUCCCCGGACGUCAUCGAAGUGCGAUCCGAUAAGUCGGAGGACAAAGACUUUGAUGACCUCGACGGAGACGAUGAGCGAGAUGAUGAAGACAGCCUGUCUCAGCGUUCCACGGUGACCGAUGAGUCGGAGAUGUUCGACAUGACCAGAGGGAACCUGGGUCUCCUGGAGCAGGCAAUCGCUCUCAAGGCUGAGCAGGUGAAGCCCGCCGGGCCCAGGGAGCUGCUCCGCGCUCCAGACCUCCACCACCAGAGAUACUUCACCAUUGAGGACAGACCCAAGCACCUAGACAUCAUCCGGAAGACCUACUUCAGCAAAGAGAGGCCGGAGAAGAGAGAGAACAAGUGUCCCACGCCGGGGUGUGACGGGACGGGCCAUGUGACCGGCCUCUACCCCCACCACCGCAGCCUGUCAGGCUGUCCGCACAAGGACAGGAUCCCCCCAGAGAUUCUGGCCAUGCAUGAAAAUGUGCUGAAGUGUCCGACUCCUGGCUGCACUGGUCAGGGCCACGUAAACAGCAACCGCAACACACACCGCAGUCUCUCCGGAUGCCCGAUCGCUGCUGCUGAGAAGCUUUCUAAGACCCACGACAAGCAACACCUCGCUCAGCCGGGCAGCGAGAUCCUCAAAGGAAGCCCCAACGACAGGGUGCUGAGGCCCAUGUGCUUUGUGAAGCAGCUGGAGGUGCCCCAGUAUGGCAACUACAGGCCCAACAUGGCCCCCUCGACGCCACGCGCCAACCUGGCCAAGGAGCUGGAGAAGUACUCCAAGGUCUCCUUCGAUUAUGCAAGCUUCGAUGCCCAAGUGUUCGGAAAGCGCACGCUUGCUCCAAAGAUGACCACCAGCGAAACUUCACCCAAAGCCUUCAAAACCAAGCCCUCGUUCCCCAAGUCGUCCUCUCCCACCCUGAGCCUCCACGCUUACGGGAAGAGCGCCACCCUCCCCUACGACUACUCCCACGAUGCCGAAGCUGCUCACAUGGCCGCCACCGCCAUCCUCAACCUGUCCACUCGCUGCUGGGAGAAACCCGAGAACCUCAGCAUCAAACCGCAAACCAAGGAAAUGGACAUUGAGGUGGAUGAGAACGGCACGUUGGACCUGAGCAUGAAGAAGCCUAUAAAACGGGAGGGCAGCGUGUCCGGCACCAGCCCCGGGGUCCGCUCCCCGGAUCCGUCUUCGUCCUCCUCCUCUUCGUUCCAUCACAGCGGAAACAGUGAAAUGACGUCUCCGAACCUUCAUACGUACAAGCAGGAAGACUGGGAGGGACCUCUGGAUUUCACCAAACCCAAUCGCCAGAGGGAGGAGGAAACAGACGAGAUGGAGCACACAGGUCAGUCGUACGUCUCGUCUGACCCUGAGGACUGUGACAUGAUGCAGGACUGUCUGGAGGACAGGAAGUACCCUGGAGAGGUUACGACCCCCAGCUUCAAAGUCAAGUUUCAGCCCAAGGACGCCAAGAAAGAGCUGCUCUCGUGCCCCACACCCGGCUGCGAUGGCAGCGGCCACAUAACAGGGAACUACGCAUCCCACCGCAGUCUGUCUGGGUGUCCUCUCGCUGAUAAGAGCCUUCGGUCCCUCAUGGCGGCCCACACUCCUGAACUCAAAUGCCCCACGCCAGGAUGCGACGGUUCGGGUCACAUCACAGGAAACUACGCCUCUCACCGAAGUCUCUCUGGGUGCCCGCGUGCCAAGAAAAGUGGAAUUAAAACUCCUACCAAGGACAACCAGGAGGACUCGGAGCUUUUAAACAGAUGCCCCGUGCCGGGCUGCGACAGCCUGGGCCACAUCAGCGGCAAGUACGCCACGCACCGCAGCGCCUACGGCUGCCCGCUGGCCGCCCGCAGGCAGAAGGAGGGCCUGCUGAACGGGAUGCCCUUCAACUGGAAGGCUUUCAAGACAGAGGGUCCCACCUGCCCAACCCCCGGCUGUGACGGCUCCGGACAUGCCAACGGCAGCUUCCUCACACAUCGCAGCCUCUCAGGAUGUCCCAGAGCCUUGUAUGCCAAGAAGAAGGCCAAGUUCCCCUCUGAGGAAUAUAUGAGCACCAAGUUCAGAGCCACUGACGUUCUGGACAACGAUGAGGAGAUCAAGCAGCUGAACAGAGAGAUAAACGACCUCAACGAGUCUAACAACGAAAUGGAGGCUGACAUGGUCAACCUGCAAACUCAGAUCUCUUCCAUGGAAAAAAACCUAAAAAGCAUUGAGCACGAGAACAAGAUGAUCGAAGAGCAGAACGAGGCCCUCUUCAUGGAGCUGUCCGGUCUGAGCCGGGCCCUCAUCCGCAGCCUGGCUAACAUCCGCCUGCCGCACAUGCAGGAGCCAAUCACCGAGCAGAACUUUGACAACUACGUCAGCACCCUGACCGACAUGUACACCAACAAGGAGUGCUUCCAGAGCCCGGAAAACAAGGCCUUACUGGAAAGUAUCAACAAGGCUGUGAAGGGCAUCAAAGUGUGAGGCUCGGCGCACGGCACAGGAGGGAAUCUGAAACGGCUGCUGAAGCUGGAGAGCUGGAUGCAGGGGGGAUGGGAGGCGGGGAGAGUUGGGAAGAUGCUGAAAUGCUCAACGAUAUAUUCAGAUAUGAUUCAAAAGCAAAAAGGGAAUUCAGGUUACUUAAAUAAACGGCAAAUUUUCAAAUAAAAUCAACCCAGGGAGCACCUCUGUUGAAGAAAAAGCGACCAAAAUCCACACCAUGCUGCUUCUGAGAUUCAGAGGAAACAUUCAAGUCAGAGUGUUUGGAAAAGCAGGAAUAAUGUUUGUAGGAACUAGAUCUGAGGGGCUUUGACGUGCUGUACGUUUACCUGCUGAGUCUGCACCGGAGCGAGGAGGCGGGAUCUGCUUCCGGACGACGUGACUUUCGCCGCUGUCCUGUAGCAUUGGCUGGGGGACGGAGGAGACACAGAAACGCUCACCAGCUGUGUGAGCCACAUCCACUCACACACACACACGCUUCACACACACAUCCCAGCGAAAUGAGACACACGCUCACCUGAAUGUGUGUGUCUGCAGCGGUGAGGCAGAUCUCAGAGCAGUCUGGAUACUCAGCAGACCAAACCCUCCUUGUCUUUUUUACUGGAAUGAUGAUAGAAGUAGUGUGCGCACAUCUCAGCUUUGGUUAGUCAUAUCAAUAGUAUUUAUCAACAUAGGAAUUGCACUUCAUUUCAAUGAAUAGUUUUGUGGUACGAUAAUUAUUGUUAUAUAUGAAUUAUUUAAACUUGUGAACUUUUAAAUUGUAACUUAUUGCCCUUUAUGUUAUUGAGGUUUAUUUAUUUAAAGCAAUCUAUUUAUUAAUAACUUUGUUUUGUAAAACAAACAAAAAAAAAUGCAACUUCACUGAUAACCAAUCUGCAGAUGUCUUAAGAAUCUAUAAGGACAGACGAGGCGUUUUAUUUCUUUUGUUUUGUUUUGUUUGCUUUUUUUUUACGUGCAGAUGUUUUAUAAGGAAUUGAAAUUCUUUUGAUAAUUUUACAAGAAAUUAAGUUUUUUGUUUUUGUCUUUUUUUUCUUGUUUUCCUCCGUUUUGUUUGUGCUUUUUUCUGUUACUGCCACAAAACCCCCCCAAGGCCGAGAGGGAAAGAAGAAAAAGAAAAAUGACGUAUUUAUUAUUUAUUUAAUGAGAAAGUCGACUGAUGUGUAUUUAUUUUGUUCCUUAUUUAUGUGCGUGUUGUGACGGUUGAGUCUGAGUAGUUAAAAAAACGAUUUAAAAAAAAAAUCCACUGCUAAUACUUAAAUAAAGAAACGACAUUAAUACCAGUACUGUUUGAUUGCUUAGGCGUGUACUUAGACAAACCAGCAGCUGAUUGUAAACCCAACAGAAGCACUCACUUCUCUGUUACUGUCACGUUUCUGUGUUUUAAUUUGCUUUCUGUGAAGAGAAAAAAAAAAUGUUUAAAAAGAAAAAAAAAAGUCUUUUGUACCUCUCCCAAGCUCUUUGUAGCGGCCAGCACUGGCUCACCCAGAACCUCUACGAUGCACCGAGGCUGCUUGGCGAAUUAUUCUCUGAUCGUCCGUAACAAUAUUCCACACAGAGCGCUUUUCCGGCCGUGUUUCAGCCUGGAUGCAUGAUGAUUCCCAAAAUACACUGCGACAUAUCCAAACCCUGGAGGAUACAAUAAGGUCCUUUCUAUCUUUGACUAACUUCAAACAUACACACCCUUGUAGCCUUACUCUAGAUUUUAAUUUUUUUUUUUCGAUGCACAAAGUGCCACUGAUUAAAAAGAAAAGAAAAAGAGCAAAAAAAAACAUUUAAAAAAAGAAAGGAGAGCUUACUUUUUUCCUGAUUCUCUGCAUCUCUGCAAUGUAAGAAUGUCUGGUUGCCCGGGACGACCACGGCAUCGAGAGAGAACGCGGAUUGUUUCAAAAUGCCUUUAUUUCUCUGCCAAGAUGGCCAUAAGUACACUAUAUAUACAUUCUGUACAAAUAGAUUUUAAAGAUGCUAUAUAUAUGAAUAUAAACAUACAUAUAUUUUUCCAGUGUAAUUGUUGACUUCUUCUUCUCUUGUAUUAUCAGAAGCUGUUCAGGCAAGACGUUAAGGGUGCGUCAUUGUGAGGAGGCGGUUGCUCCUUCUUUAAUAUCACUUAGACCUGCUCAACUGUGGCUUUAAACAUUCAGUCAAGCUGAAGUCAUUGGUGGUUGUGGAACAGUACUUUUGGAUCCCGUCGGUUUCCGUUCCCUCUUUCCCUCCCCAUCCCGUUUUGUUCUUUUCUCCUUCUUUUCGUCCACCUGUCUUGUCUUUGGCCUGAAGGUGUGCUAAACAUCAGCUGCAUGUUUACGGCUGAACCCGAAUCCUACGUGUCAGUGUGAGUUCAUGUACAGUGAAAAAAAGACGAUGCCUCUAAAUAAUGUUCUGCACAUUGUGUUCAGCGACGUUGUGCAGUUUCUGAGUAUUCUUCUUCUUCUUGUGUGUUGUUCAUGGUAAAGGCCUGCUCGCUCCGAGCUCUUUCAUGUUGAAACAAACCAGUAGGAGACGCUAGUGUGACCUGCCUUUGGGGUGAAACUAUUCCCAUGUGUAACCCUGAUGUCCAAGGCAUGUUGUAAAUGUGCUCUUAGCCAGCGUAGAAUGUGCACUUUCUGAAUAACUCGUCGAGGAUGCCAGCAGUUGAAGUCGGACAGAUCUGAGAUCAGGAAAUUUCCUGUGUUUUCUCUUAAGAGUUUCAUGAAAUGAUUAUUAUUACUUCUUAUGUUCUCGCGGCCUUUGUUUAACAGUGGUCAGACAAGAAAAGCGCGUUGGGAGAGAAGACAUGCGGCAACACGCCGAGACUCGAAUCUGCAACGGCCGUAAGAACUAAAGGUCUCUGAAUAUGGGUCGUGCGUUCAACCCCUGUGCCAUCGCCGCACCCCCGAGUUUCAUGAAAUUAAAGGAUGUUCUUUUGUCAAAUUCUGGGAAACCAAAAGAGAGAUUGACGGGAAGGAGUUGCUUGGUUCUGAGGUGACCUGCGGCAGAGCGGAGCAUAGCCACAGGUCAGGCAGUCAGCUGAGGCUAGAGGCGAUAGCAGCGGCUGGAUCAAGGCCUCGUGUGGAAUGAGACGAGCGCGUGGGAGUGGAAAAUUGAUUUUGCCGGGCUGCACAACCUCCCCUUUUGUUGUCGGAGGAGGCGUUUGUUGCAUAAAUAUGUGGACGUCACUCAAGAGAAUGUUAAAGCAUUUCCUGACUUUUUAGCCCUCCUCCCAACUCCCGCUCCCACCCCCCGGUCGCUCCAGCCCCUCUUUACCCCCUCCCGGGUCUUCUUUGCGUCUUUCCUCAAGAAAGACUCCUUGGAUGCAUUUGGUUAACAAAGUAGCGUAUUUUUUCUCUUGAAAUGCACAAGAUUUCUACCCCGAGAGUGUUAAGACUGUGAAUAUUCUCCUAACCUAUUUGAUAUGGCAUGACCCCUUUUAAACUGCUUGAUGAAAUUGUCUACUGAGGUAUGUAAAUGAAGAACACUGAGGCCAUGAAAGCAGAGCGUUUAAAAAAAAAAUAAUUCAAAAAAAGAGAAAAAGUCAGCUAAGAAAGCGAACUCAGCCCACGGUCGGUCCUGCACCCACGCACUGUAUGUUUUCCUAUUUACAUAGAAGUACCGAGUGAUGGAGUCAGUUUUUUUGUUCUGAACCGAAAAAGAGCAUUUAACAAGAUGGGGCUCAGUUUUUCCCCCCACCUUCCCCCCUCUCUCAAUUUUAUUUGAUGUGACGACACUUUUCAGGGAAUUCAGUCAACACCAAAAUCCAAAUGUGAGUGUGAAGGGGAGAUAUAUAAGGAGAGACAGAGAGAGUAAGAGAGAGAGAGAGAAAAAAAAAACAACAACUGAGUGGCACUUUUUCAUCAGGCUGUCCAAAAUAUAACAAAACCAAAAGUCACCUCCCCAGCCGUAGUUCUCAGAUAUGUGUGGUCUUAUCAUGUGUGCCUUUCUCCCUCCACUCAUGUCAACAUAUGGUAUGUUUACACCCGUUCAAUUACUGCUGAAAAUCCUCGGUCCUGAUCCAGAUGUCUGACUUUCAGGGAGAAAUGGGUGGGGAUGGGUUAACGGUUUUACUCUGUGGAAUAAAGCGUGUCUUCUUCUGUCGCGCUGCAGACAGACAGAGAGCACUCUGAGGACCAGGGGAAAACUCAAAGCUUUUGUCUCUCUGAAGAAACUGUGAUCUCAUUCUGUCGAUUCAGGUACCAAAAAAACUGCACGGACAGUUUCUGUGAAGGGAUCUGAAGCUCGGCAGUCAUCUCUAGAUAAUGCAUCAGAGUGCAGGGCAUUAUUUUGACAAUAAGUGGAAAAAGUUUCUGUACAUAUUUGUAUCCAGACAAAAAAAACAAACAAACAAAAAAAAAAACAGUGUUAUGUGUUGUUGUAUCGAAGUUGAAAAUGGUUUCAAAAUUCAUAACAAUUCUGAAAAUGAAGAAUAGUUUGUGACAAAAAAAAAAAACAAAACAGCGAAAACUCCACAGCCAAGGGUUGUCCU